AAUGGAAAAUGCCGCGAUGGCUACUUGAUUUAUCUUUUGUUUUCUUAUUACAAAAUAGUUGAAUAAAUAAAAAUUAUAAUUUUUUAAUAAAUAAAAAAAAACGCACGCACAAUUAUCAAUUUGUAAUCAAUUUAGUACUAAAGUUAAACAAAAGUGAUUUGUGAUAUAUAAAAACAGAACUUGCAUUCAUAAAUGCAGCUCUAAAUCCUCUCUCGUUUCCUGUUUUUUUUUUCCUUCUUUUUUUUUGUAUUCAACGAAGACAACAAAGCAAAAUAUAUUAAGCAACAAAUAAUAAAAUGAAUUGGCCACAACUUUUCAUUGCCCUGCAGCUAUUUCUAGUUAAUUGUUUAAUCGAAUCUGCUUCAGAUCAGAGUCUAUCAAGAUAUUUACCACUUUCUGAAGAUGAUGCUUUGAGCACCAACGAACGCUUCCAACAAAUUAUGCAAAGUGGCAAUCCAUCGGGAAUCGAUUGGAAGCAACCCAAAUUGAAGACUGAGAAGAUCGAUGUCAAAGCAGAAAUUGCCAAACUUAAUUCAACUUAUGUCUAUCAAUCGGAAUGGCCUGAUUCCAAUCUCAAGUUGGGAGCUGUGACUGCAGUUUCAUUCGAUAAAGAUGGAAAUGUUGUGAUAUUUCAUCGAGUGAAUCGCAUUUGGUCACAAACCACAUUCAAUUUGAAGAAUGAAUAUCAGGAGCAGAGUCUUGGACCAAUUGAUCAGAGUACUGUGAUUGCUUUGGAUAGGAAGACGGGCAAAGUUGUCUAUGAUUGGGGCAAGGAUUUAUUCUACAUGCCACACGGCUUGACCAUUGAUCACGAAGAAAAUGUCUGGGUGACGGAUGUGGCCUUGCAUCAGGUCAUGAAAUUCGGUCCUAGAGGAUUGGGCGGUAAACCUCUGCUCACUCUGGGAACAGCUUUCACUCCAGGAAAUACGAAUACAAAGUUUUGUAAGCCAACUUCCGUGGCUGUCCUUCCAAAUGGAGACUUCUUUGUCGCCGAUGGCUAUUGCAAUGGACGGAUUGUCAAGUUCGCGGCUAAUGGAGACAAAAUUCUUCAAUGGGGAAAGAAUUCCUUCACAGGUGAUGUCUAUGAAGUAGCUCCAAAGAACUUCUUCGCAAUUCCACAUGCCUUGACUUUGGUUCCAGAGCAGGGUCUCGUUUGCACUGCAGACAGAGAAAACGGACGAAUUCAAUGUUUCUCUUCGAGCAAUGGAACAUUCCAAUCACAGUUCCACAGUCAAAUUGUCGGCGAUCGAUUGUUCAGCAUGGAUUACACUCCAGCCGAAGGAGGCCAGUUUGUUGUAGUAAACGGCCCUACAGGAGGCGUAGGAAAUUCAGAUCACUACAACGAAGUUCGUGGUUAUAUUGUCAACAUGAAGACCAAGCAGGUGAUUAGUAAAUUCGGUCCAAAUGACUUGCAAUUCUCGAAUCCUCAUGAUGUAGCAGUAACCGUUGAUGGAACUGAGAUUUAUGUGGCCGAGUUGGAUCCAACUCGAAUACAUAAAUUCCUUCACAAAAAAGUAGCUCCAUCGUUGCCAAUGUCGGCAGCAAAGCCAACAGCAACUAGCAUCGAAAGGAGUCCUGCAGAAGAAUUGCAAAUGCAGGAGGUAGCUUCAAAAGUAACACCAGGAUCAACUGCACUUUUGGUUGCGGCUUUGAUGUUAUUUUUUGCAUUUUUAACUUUCGGGAUGGCUUUGUUGAUAUCCCGUAGACGCAAACGAGGUUGUCUUCCAUUUGGAGUUAAAAAUCGCCGUCACGCUUGGGAUUUCCCAACAAAACCAGAAGGCUUUAAACUUGGCGGCUUACUAGAUCAUCGAAAACGUGGAUUUGAAAAACUUGACCAAAAUGCUAGCGAUGAAGAACCAGAUGUGACGACAAAUAUGCUAGCUAAUGCACAAUUUGCUUAGAAAUAAAUAACAAAACAUCCUUGUGCCUCUCGUCAUUAACCAUUCCAUAAAUUCCACUAAUUCCAACCAAAGACAAAAAGAACAAAAAUUCCUUUGUAAAU